AUGCAGCAGGCCAUGGAAAGCAGCAAGCCGCAGCAGCGCGGAGCCCUCCGGCCGGAGCACGAGGUCAAGUACGGCGUGUCCGUGACGAGCCGCAGCGCAGCGACCGGCGACGCGCUCCAGGCCACCUGCCUCUUUUGCGUGCACUUUGGCCGGCAGAUUCGGUCCGAGCGCGCGCGCAGCAUUGCGACGCAGGUCAAGGUCUACGAGCCGCCGUUCCGCACCGACAACUUUGUGCAGCACAAUCGACUGCACCACUGGGACCACUGGAUCGCAUACAGUGCGCGGGACCCGGACGCGAAGCUCGUCUACUUCCCGGCGGCGCCGAUCCCGUCAACGAUGCAGAUCGCCGUGGCGCCCAAGCGGCGGUCGACCGCCAAGCGCCCUGCGUUGCCCGAGCCCGAGCCU